CCCAUGGAAAUUUGCUAAAAUGCGGAAGUGCCCUGUUUGGCGUUUGCCACCACUUCCAUGGACUCAAUAUCUCUCCCCAAAUUCCAGAUCUAACCAAACCAGCCAGCCUCCCUUCUUCAACCUUUCCCCUCGGAUCCCCUCUCCUCCACCACCACCCUCUCGAACGAACUCCGAAUGAAAAUGGGUGCUCUCGUGAAGCUGGUCGACGCCGUCCUCUUCCUCUUCUUCCUCCUGAUGGCCGUCUGCGUGCCCCUGUUCGACGCCCAGGCGUGCCUCCCGGAGUCCCUCUUCCCGGACGCCCUGCUCGACCUCAAACGCGGGUACAGCGGCCGGGUGGGCGACUACCUCGUCGCCGAGAAGCCCCUCUUCUUCGUCGGCCUCGUCUGGCUCGAGAUCCUGUUCCUCUGGCCCCUCUCCAUCCUCAACCUGUACGGGAUCCUCGCCGCCAGGCCCUGGUUCCGCACCACCUGCUUGAUCUACGGCGUCUCCGUGGCCACUUCCAUGGUUGCUAUAUUGUCGGAAUUGACUGGGUCUGGUAAAGCAUCGGAUGACUUGCUGAUGGUGUACUUCCCCUUCUUGGGACUCAGUUUGCUGGCCUUUCUGCGGGGUCUGCUGCCGUGUUCUACCAAGACUACAUCGACCAUCAGCAAGAAACCUGCAUUGGCAAGGAAAAAGAGGGCUUGAGACACAACACUGCGCUGUGGUUGUCCUGCGCUUUCUAACCAAUUCAAGAUCCAAUUUAUUUCUUUUCAGUGACAUCAGAUUGAGAAUGUCGCGAGUUAGGAAAUUUUUCUGUUCUUGGGGCUCCCUUUUAUGAGAUUUUUAACUGAAAGCCAUUGACCAUUGGAUUUGAACUCAUCAUCUGGGAAGAACUAAGUUUGUUUUGGCAGCACUUUUUUGUUCACUCACCUGGAAUAACUUUUACUGCACCAAGAUUGCUAAAAGCUGCAAUUGCUUAUGCUGCUUAUGAGUCGAUUGGCAUAAAAUAUGUCAUUGAUUUGGUUA